AUGCCGCCAAAGAAAGUCCCUCUGCACCAAUUGGCCCCACCACUCCCGCAGAAGACCCCACUUCGAGAUGUGAGCACGAAGAAAAUUUACCACAUCGGCACACAGAUCGCCACCGGAGGCUUUGGACGAAUCUACAGUUGCUCUGAGGAAGGCUCUCGCAAAGAGAACUACUGUUGCAAAGUGGAACCACAAGGAAAUGGGCCGCUCUUUACCGAAGUGAACGUCUUUCAACGAAUUCUCCGAGCCGCCGACAUAAACGCCUACAAGACUGGAAGAAAGAUUACAUGGCUCGGCGUGCCACCGAUGAUCAGCACCGGGAUUUUCGACUACAAACAAGACAAACUGCGUUACCUCAUCAUUCCAAAGUACGCCACUUCACUUGAAGAAAUACGCGAGAAGAAAAAAGUUUUUGAUCCCAAAGCUUGCUUGAAGAUUGUGAAAUGUGUUCUAGAUGCGUUAGAAUAUUUGCACACGAAGUCCUACGUGCAUGCUGAUAUCAAGGCGGGAAACAUUCUGCUUGAAGACCCAGCCAAUCUCUCCACAUCGGUGCUUGUCGACUACGGACUGGCACGAAUGGCUUCAGCAAAUGUGGAAAAGCCGGACAAGAAACGAGCACACAACGGGACGGCAAUUUUUACCUCGAUCGACGCACAUCGUGGCCUGAAUCCGUCAUAUCGAGGAGAUAUUGAAAUUCUUGGCUACAACGUUAUUUACUGGUUGACAGGAACUCUUCCAUGGCAGAAUCUCGAAUCAAACGCUGAAAAAGUCUUUGCCGCUAAACAAGACUUCGUGAAGGAUGUGAAAGAAAAUUUGAAGAAGGUGCUUGAGAAACAUCAGUCUUGCUUUUCUUGGGUGGAAAAGCUGUUUCGCGUGGCUCUCGACACACCUUAUACAAGUGGAGUCAACUUUAAGCAAAUUCAUCAGGCAUGUAACACUGGAUCUACAGCUUCACCGGCAAAGAAAGCGACCCCAUCGGUGGUCCGCGCUUCUACAAAACGGUCAUCGACUGAAGAUGAGGAAAAUCGAAAGGAUGUGAAGAAAGCGAAAGUAACAGCGCCUGCUAAAGCAACGAGAGUCGAGAGGAAAAAGGUGUUUGUAAAAGAAGUGAAUGCAAGUGAAAGCGAUUCUUCUCCAUCGCCAGUUGUGACACCACUUAAAAGAGCAAAUGGAGUGGCUCAUACCAGCUCGGCGCCGACUUCGAAACAAAAUGGCCAGAACGGCAUCAUCAAAAAGUCACGAGUGGCAACUGCAAUCAAACAGGAUCCUCAACAGCUACGAACAAAGGUACCUGGUAUGCUUAACUUUGCCACGAAAGGCCGCCGAUCUAUCAUUAUCAACAAAAUCGCGAAGAGAAGUCGACGGAAAGCAACGAGCAGUCAAGAGAACGACGACAACAGUGAAUCAAGUGAAAUU